AUGCCUAGUCGCUUUGCCGACCUGAAGCGGGAGAUACGCGACUCUAUCCCUAGCUUCGAGGUCAAGGUGACGGAUGCUUGGACGAGGCUCCUCGCGCAGCUGAAAGAAUCAACGGCUGAGAUCGCGCGAGAGGAUUCCAGCAUUAUCCCUCAAGUCAAGUUUAGCGACCUUGAGAAACUGUCGGAGAGCGAGAUUCAGAACAUCAAGAGGAGGGGUAGUCUCGUCAUCAAGGACGUCGUAGAUGACGCCGAUGCUGCUGCGUGGAAGACGGUGUUGGGCGAGUUUGCGAAGGCAAAUCCAGAUGUCAAAGGAGUUCCGGCGGAUGACCCUCAGUUCUUCAUGCUAUACUGGACGAAGCCGCAAGUUGAAGCAAGGGCACACCCCAACGUCUUGGCUGCAUCAGCAUGGCUGAACAAGCUUUACCACCUGAAGGACGGUGCCGAAGUCGAGGGCGUCGAUCUCGAAACCCCAUUGACGUACGCAGACCGAUACCGCAUCCGACGCCCUGGAAUCGCGUGGGAUGUUCAUCCACCUCAUGUUGACGGCGGGACCAUCGAGCGAUGGGAGGAUCCGAACUUCCGGGCAUGCUUCGCCGACAUCCUCAACGGCAGAUUCGAGAAGCAUGAUCCGUAUGACCUCCAAGGUCGGCUUGACUCCCGCAGCUCGUUGUACGGGCGUCCCAACCAGGCCAGUAUAUUCCGAACCUUCCAAGGAUGGCUUGCCAUGAGUGAGACCGCGCCUGGUGAAGGGACGCUCAAAGUCUUCCCGGACGUCCUUCUCUCGAAUGCGUAUCUCAUCCUCCGCCCAUUCUUCCGGCCGAAGGCCAACGUUUCCCAAGACGACCUCUUGUCGCCCGAGAGCUGGCAGUUUGACGUGGAUGACUCCGGUUUCCCUGGCAUUUUCCCCCGUGAUGGAGGAUUCGCGGGUCCCCGACCAACCCCGGAGCUACACCCGCACCUCCAGCUCGACAAGACGAUGAUCUCCGUUCCGAAAGUGUAUCCUGGCGACAUGGUGUUCUGGCACUGUGAUGUCAUCCAUUCCGUGGAGCAAGAGCAUAAGGGCAAGGGAGACUCAGCCGUCAUGUAUAUCCCGGCGGUUCCGUCGACCCCUCAGAAUUUGGGCUACGUGCAACGGCAGAAGGAGGCUUUCCUGCAAGGGUUACCUCCCCCCGAUUUCCCCAAGACGGGACCGGAGGGUCAGUUCAUCGGCUCAGGUAAGGAAGACCAUAUAGUCGGACCCGCUGGGAGGAAGGCAAUGGGCUUUAUGGUUUAG